GGCGGUGUCUCCUUUCUGUACACGCGACACUAAGCGACUCAGGGGGAAAGCUGGGGCUGCUGAGGCGUUAGCUACAGCCUCGUCUAUCGCCGCCCCCGGGGCCCGUGGGCGCACCCAUCACCCCCACAUAACUUUAACAUUAAAAGUAAUAUUGAUGUACUUUGAAUAAUGGGAAGAAGCUACAUAGUAGAAGAGGCUGUUGGACGAUACCUUUUAAACUUCAACAACCAAGAAAAGGCAUUUGUCUCUGGUCUUUUGAUAGGACAGUGUUCCUCACAAAGGGAUUAUGUAGUUCUUGCCACUAGAACACCACCGAGAGAAGAGCAGAAUGAAGAUACAAGAUCUUCUCAAUCACAUUUGGAUGACUUAGAUGAAGAAUGGAUUACAGCACAUGCCAAUCAGGUAUCUAGAAUGCUACCAGGAGGUUUAUUGGUUCUUGGAAUAUUUAUUAUUACUACUCCAGAUCUUGGGAAAGAUGUUCAGACAGCCCUUCGCAGGCUCAUGUUUGCUGUGGAAAAAUCUAUAACUAAAAAGAGACUAUGGAAUCUCACAGAAGAUGACAUCUCAGACCGGGUCACACUUCAUGUCUGCUCAUCUACAAAAAAAAUACUUUGUCGCACUUAUGAUAUCCGAGACCCAAAGAGUUCAGCAAAACCUGCAGAUUGGAAAUAUCAAAAUGGACUAUCUAAUUCAUGGCUUUCUUUAGAUUGCACAAUUCAUGUUAACAUUCAUGUCCCACUUUCAUCUACAACUGCCAGCUAUUCGCUGGAGAAAAAUACAAAGAAUGGACUUUCACGCUGGGCCAAGCAAAUUGAAGGUGGUGUGUAUUUGAUCAAUGGACAAGUUAAAGAGGAAGAUUGUGAACUCCUGGAAGGACAGAAAAAGUCUUCCAGAGGAAAUACUCAAACUACUAGUCAAACUUUUGAUGUCAGAGUUCUAACACAUUUGCUCCUCAAUUCAAAUCACAGAUCAACAGCUACAGUCCAGGUCUGCAGUGGUUCUGUAAACCUCAGAGGUUCUGUAACAUGUAGAGCUUAUAUUCACAGCAACAAACCCAAGGUUAAAGAUGCCGUUCAGGCAUUAAAAAGAGAUAUCUUGAAUACAGUGUCUGAUCGUUGUGAGGUACUUUUUGAAGAUCUUCUUAUGAAUGAAAUACCAAGCAAAAAAGAUUCUGAAAAAGAAUUCCAUGCUCUGCCACACCGAAUAUUUGUCUCUAUUCCUGGCUCUAGUGUAAUGUUGUGUGAUUAUAAAUUUGGAGAUGAGUCGACUAGGGAAAUUCAGGACCGUUUUUUGGAAUUGUUGGAUCAGCAAGUUGGAGUAGAUGACUUAGAAAUUGCGGAGGAUAUCACAGCCAGUAUAAAUCCAUGCUUGCAAAGGGAAGACAUGCCAGACAACACAUACGAUGAUCAACCAAAGCAUCUGGUUAAAACUACAGUGGCAUUAAGAGUUAAGCAAAACAUAGGUGUGGUGAUAGCAGCUGUGGUGGCACUCUUUGCUGCAGGCUUUUCCUUUCAUUACUUCAGUGACUAAUAUUCCACUCAAGGAGUUUCCAUUCAUUGUGGGAACACUGACCAGUAAUGAGGGACUGAUCCUGGAGAUGCAAGCAAGACCCUGGAACUUGCAGAAUAACAGUUAAAUCUGUUUCCAUAAUUGGCUAAUAGGUGUACCUCUGAUUUGUCAUAAAACAAGCUGCCUUAUGUAGGCAUACUAUUAUUUAGAUAGAACAGAUUUCCAAAAAUAAAGCGACUUAUUUAGCUCCAUAUUUAAGUUACAUGUAAUAUAAGAUUCUUAAUCAUAAAAAACCCCAUAAAGAAUAAAAACAGGUAUAGCAACAAUAUAUAGUGGACGAACUAUUGAUCUUAUAAUCAAAAGACCUGGGUUUGAGUUCUGCUUUUCUCAUUUAUUAUCUGGAGAACCUUGACAAAUCAUUUUAACUUCUCCGAGUUUUAGUUUCUUCAUUUGUAAAUGGGGAUAAUAAUAUACUACCUCACAGGGUUGUUGUGAGGAUCUAAAGAAAUAUAUAAAAAGUGCUUAAGAUGAGAAAGUACUAUAUCCAGGUGAGCCAUUAUUUAUUGUCUUUUUUUAAUUGUGACAUAAAUUAGAGUGUAUGAAAAUCUUAAAAGGAUGCCUCAUGUUCCUUGUAGAGGAGAAUGAUUGGGCAGAUCAUACAGUGGGAAAGAAGUUCCCAAAUAGGCUGGCACUUUGGGCCCUCUAUAGUAGGCAAAUAGAAUGGUCCAAAUGAAACACAUGGGGAUCAAGACCAUGUAGAUGCUCAGUAUCUCUUGUUAGCAUAUUGAAAUUAUCUUUUUAGACGUCAUUGAUGAAAAAAUUGGUGUAUUCUAAGUGUUAUUCUAGUUAGUCUGUUUAGUGUGUCUUGCUUGAGAAUUAUAGGCCUUUAAAAAAGGAUUAGGCCUUUAAUUAGAAAAGUGCAUCAAUGUGACAGAAAACCAGUUGAUACAAAUAUCAAAUAUACAAGAAUACUGUAAACUAGUAUUCUUAUUGGGAAAAAUCAGGUAGAAAUAUUAAACAAUGCCCAGAUAUAGUCCAUGGAUCCAGUGUAUAUAUAUCAAAGGAUAAUAAAAAUGACUAUUGUCAUUGUCAUUAUGUAACUUAACUCACAUGUGUGUGCUUAGCAUCUUGCAUAAAAGCUUAUAAAGCCUUGAUGGGGACCCAAGUUACCCUGUUUCUCUCUACAAUUUUAUCAGAUAUGUUAUUAACCUUAUUACAAUGUGUUGGUAUCAUUUCUCUGAAGUAUUCUGAACAAAUGCUAUUCCCCUCUAUUGCAGAUAACGAAGCUCAGGCUUAACUUGCCUUGAUCUUUAUCUAUCUUUAUCUUCAUGUCCCAGACAUUUUCUUCUUUCUUGUAUUAAUACUCUAGAAUUACAGAAUGUCUUGGGAAUGUUUCUGAAGCAAAUAUGACAAACAAAUGUUAAUAAAGUGUUGGCUAAUUGAACCCUAUGCACAAUGAAUUGGGCUGUGCUGUAAUGGACUCUUAAAUCCACUACAUCACUAUAUGACUUAAUGGUCAGUCAAAAGUUCACUUGUAGAAAUUUAAUAGGAAAAAAAUAUUCUUAGUUUCAGUUGCCUUGGAUGUUCAGUUUAGCAAUAAGACCUUUUGUUUAUAAAUUUGUAGAGUGACACUUAGUGAUAAGAAUGGAAGGAGUUUAAUCCUGAAUUAGAGUCUAUUUUAGACUAAUCCAAUUUAGUUCCCUGGGUCUGUAGCUUGUCCUUAUGACCAGAGUUCUGAAUAGGAAUAUGCUCAGAUACCAGGCAUAAAAACUAAACUAAAAUUACUUAAAUUAUUUUAAAGAAUUUUUUUAAAUCUUUGGUAGUGAAUAUUUAAUAUUUUGCAUCUGUCAAGGAGCUAGUUACUGGUCAUUAAUUUCUGGAUUCUGGGUCCAAUGCAAAGAACAGUGGAUUAGGAUUUAGUAAAACUAAAUUUUUCUUCCUAACUACUAAACCAGUUGUGUGAUCUUGGGUCAGUGACCUAGUUUUUUUAAGCAUGAGCUUUAUUACCUGUAAAGUGUAGAAAUUAAACUACAUAACCUCUUAGGUCCUUUUUAGCAUUAAUUGUAGUUUAUAUUGUUUAUCCUUGAUUUCAUUGUUAUGAAAAAUUGGAAAAUAGCCUGAAUUUCUUAAUAUCAUUGAGCCUCAACUUCUUGAUAAAAUGGGGAUAAUAAUUGCUUUAGAUAGCUCACAAAAAUGAUUGUGAGGAUCAAUUGAUAAGAUGUAUACAAGUGCUUUAUAUAGUAAAGCUAUAUAAAUGUAAACUAUUCUUGAUUUGCACAGGAAUAGAGAAAAGCCUUGCUGAAUAUAUGCAUCCCUUCUCUUAAGAUGUUAUUAGAAUUGUCAGUUCUAUUGAUAAUCAUCUUCAAUGAAAACUGUAUGAGGCUUAAGUAGAAGACAUGGUUCAAGUCAAUUAUACAUUUUAAAUAAUAUUUUAGACAUUUAGUCUCAAGGCCAAUUAUAUGGGCACUUUAAGUGAAAUGCUUUAAACACUUGAUUAUUAGUCAUUUGACAAAAUUAUAACAUUUAAUCAAGUAUAACAGAGCUAUUAAAAACUAUUGUGCUUUAGCAAAGUAAGUUUUUGUUUUAGAUUUAGAAAGUAUAUUAAUGGAAAUGUAGUACAGGUGAAAGCCACUGGAUUUGAAGUCAUAGAUCCUAAAGUUAACUUCUAACUACCACUUACUAGUUAUGAAACCUUAGUCAGACUUCUCUGAGCCUUAGUUAUAUUCUCAGUAAAAAUAGUAAAACCAGUAAAAAAUUUUAAAGCAUCUCCCAGUUCUCCAUUUAGACCUUGGUCAUUCAAUUUACAAAUAAAACAGCCAUUUGCUCCAAUCUUGAUAUUCCUCAGAUAUAGACCAUUGGAUUUGCCAUAACUAUACCACUAUCUUCCAGUGAAUGCCUUAAAAAAAAAAAAAAAAGUUCUGGUUUUGUGAUACUAUUCUAAAACUAAAGUUUAAGUAAUCUAAAGAUUAGGGGAUAAAAGAUAGACGAUAGAAAGAUAGAAAAUAAAAAACUGGUUGGAAAUACUGAGAAACAGAAUCUGUGUAUAUAGCAAAAAAUUUCCUAAGUGUUGUUAACAUAUUUCAGUAAAUUCUAUUUUACAAAUAAGAGAAUUGUAGUGUACAGUACAAAUGUCUACAUUUGCCAUAAAAAUGAGAUCAAAGCUAAUUGCCCUUUUAUGAUAAGUAGUUGAAGAAAAUGAAUCUAGGCAAGAUGAUGAAAUUUUUUAUGGUUCUUGUCUCCCAUAAGAUGCCCAGUGCUCUUAGGUAGAUUUCUGUUAAAAAUAAAUUGUAAUAUAGGAUAGAAUACCAGUUUUGAAGUCAGGAAGACUUGAGUUCAAAUGUAGCCUGAAAUACUUAGUAGCUGUGUGACCAUGGACAAGUCACUUAGUCUUGUUUGCCUCAGUUUGUUCAAUUAUAAAAUGAGCUAGAGAAGAACAUGUCAUCCCGCUCCAAUAUCUUUGCCAAGAAAACCCCAUAUGGGGUACCAAAAGACACUACUGAAACAACAUUUGGAGUUGUCCAAAAGUGUAAUGGACUACUCAGGGAAUAGUAUUUUGUGUAUCAAUGAUGGCCUUAAUGCAUGUGACCACAUGUUGGUUUGUUAAAGAUGGAUUUUUAAAAAAUUGAGUAGAACUUAAAUUAAAUAAAUUUCUAUGGUCCCUUCCAAUUUUGUUCAUGAUUUUACAUUAAUAAAACUUUCAUUUUUUCCUUUUCUCA